UUCGCAACUGUUUUCAGCCAUCUUUGUGAGAAGUUGUGUUGUGUGGUCGUCGGAUUGUGAGCGACGGGUGGUGUUGUGUGGAUUGUUUUGUUUUAAGUUCGGUUUAAUAGAUCCUUGGGAGACAAGGGUUCCUAAUCACAAACAAAUAAAAUGUCUCUAAAACGGAUUAAUAAGGAGCUACAGGACCUGGGUCGGGACCCCCCAGCACAGUGCUCAGCGGGACCAGUAGGAGACGACUUGUUUCACUGGCAGGCGACUAUUAUGGGCCCGCCCGACAGUCCGUACCAGGGGGGCGUCUUCUUCCUCACAAUUCACUUCCCCACAGACUACCCCUUCAAACCGCCAAAGGUGGCGUUUACCACACGAAUCUACCACCCGAACAUCAACAGCAAUGGCAGCAUAUGUCUGGACAUUCUACGGUCGCAGUGGUCGCCAGCGCUGACCAUCUCAAAAGUGCUGCUCUCGAUCUGUUCCCUGCUGUGCGACCCGAACCCGGACGACCCCCUGGUGCCCGAGAUCGCCCGCAUCUACAAAACCGACCGAGACAAGUACAACGAGGUGGCCCGGGAGUGGACGCGCAAGUACGCCAUGUGAUAGCGGAACUGACCACCAGGGGCGCUGUCGGCGCCGCGCCGCCGCCACCGCCGGGCCGUGUACUCUGUGUCGGCGUGUGCGGCGCGCGGCGACAUCUCACACCGUCGCCAUGGAAACGGGGCGCGGGCGUCCAACCAGCGUCGUGCUGCGGCGCGCGGCGCGAUUUGAUUGGCUGCCUCACACUGUCGCCGCGGCAGUGGGGCGCAGCCGACCAAUGGGCGUCGCGCUGCGGCGCGCGGCGCGUUUUGAUUGGCUGUCCGGACGGAGCAAUGAAAGUGAUUCAGAUAAAUACACCGUAAUCCGUAUACACCA